UUUUGGUAAUUUUGUCUCCAUUUGGUUUCCGAAGGCCCCCAAAACCCUGCACUGGAAACCAAGAAAUUGAACGAUUUCAAUAUCAUAUUGAAAUCUCAGAAAGAAAUUGAACGAUUUCAUUCUGUUCGAUCUCUCUGAAUUCAAAGCAGUACUUCGUUAUUUCGCCAUGGCCGCACCGUUUUUCUCAACGCCUUUCCAGCCUUACGUCUACCAGAGUCCGCAAGAUGCGGUGAUACCUUUUCAGAUUUUGGGUGGUGAAGCUCAGGUGGUUCAGAUAAUGUUGAAGCCACAAGAAAAGGUUAUUGCAAAACCUGGUUCCAUGUGCUUCAUGUCUGGGUCCAUUGAAAUGGAAAAUGUUUAUGUCCCUGAAAAUGAAGCAGGUAUGUGGCAAUGGCUUUUCGGGAAGAGUGUGAGUAGUAUAGUUUUUCGUAAUGCUGGUCCAAGUGAUGGGUUUGUUGGAAUUGCCGCUCCUUCUCUUGCAAGAAUUCUCCCGAUUGACUUGGCAAUGUUCAGUGGAGAGAUUUUAUGUCAGCCAGAUGCAUUCCUUUGCUCCAUCAAUGAUGUGAAGGUCAGUACUACAGUUGAUCAGAGGGCACGUAACAUCAUCACUGGUGCAGAGGGAUUUCUGAGGCAGAAGCUAUCAGGCCAAGGACUUGCAUUCAUAGUUGCGGGUGGAUCUGUUGUACAGAAAAAUCUUGAAGUGGGUGAGGUAUUAGCUGUUGAUGUAUCUUGCAUUGUUGCCCUGACAACCACAGUCAAUGUUCAAAUCAAGUACAAUGGUCCUAUGAGAAGAGCUGUUUUUGGGGGUGAGAAUCUAGUAACAGCUGUUCUAACAGGACCAGGCAUCGUCUUCAUCCAGAGUUUACCCUUUCACCGACUCUCUCAGCGCAUUGCCAGAGCUGUUACAUCCCCGAACAUGAGGGAAAAUCCAAAGUUCUUCAUUCAGAUUGCCAUUUUCUUUUUCCUGGCAUAUGUGGUGAUUGUAUCUUCAUUAAUCUUGACCGACGUUUGAACUUUAGUUCUUGUCUUUUUUUCCCCCAAUUUCUUCUAACACAACCCACAUUAUAUUCUCGGUUCUUUAGUUAUUGGCCCUCUGUGGUUGAAAUCAAAAGAAAAAAAAGGGCACAGAGUUAUCUAUGGGAAUAUAUUUAACUUGGUACUCAACACUAUUACUUGUACAUGCAGUUUUUUUGUUUUUUGUUUUAAUGAUAGAACAGUUCGUUAAUGGACCCCCA